UUUGUUUAGCCGGAAGUACAUUUUUCAGAAGCGUAGCCAAGAGGUUUGCUAGGUUGUUAGCACGGUUUUGACUGAAAAAUGACCGCGUAUUCUCGUGUAAAAUCAACUAAACUCGUGUUGAAAGGUAUGAAGGAUAAAAGCAAAAAGAAGCACAAGGACAAGAAAAGAAAACGCGAUGAUGAAGGAGAUAAACAAGAUAUCGUGGGUGGCUGGUGGACCGUCCAUAAUUUCGGUGAGAUCAGCGGCACCGUGGCCAUUGAGAUGCACAGCAGGUCGUAUGUCCAUGCGUUAGACACAGGUCUGUUCACCGUCGGAGCUCCACAUACAGGAGAUGAUGAAGGUCCUGAUCCGCCGGAGCAGUUCACCGCUAUCAAACUCUCAGACACAAGAAUAGCUCUGAAGUCCGGUUAUGGUAAAUAUUUGGGGAUAAACUCGGACGGCGUCGUGAUUGGACGCUCAGAUGCUAUCGGAUCGAGAGAGCAGUGGGAACCGGUGUUCCAGGACGGUAAAAUGGCUCUGCUGGCAGCAAACAGCUGUUUUAUUUCGUACAGCGAGAGUGGAGACAUCGUGGCGAAAAACAAAGCAGCUGGCGAUGAAGAGAUGAUCAAGAUCCGCUCGUGUGCCGAGAGGGAGGUGAAGAGGAACGACGACAUCGCGGACGAGGACCGAGGAAACGUCAAGAGCUGCGAGAUCAACUACGUGAAGAAGUUUCAGAGCUUCCAGGACAGGAAGUUGAGGGUGAACGAGGACGACAGCGGCAUGUUGAAGAAAGCCAGGACUGAGGGCAAAUUCCACGAGGCUUUACUCGACAGGAGAUCCAAGAUGAAAGCUGAUCGAUACUGCAAGUGACGCAGGAAGAACCUUCCCAUCGUUUUUUUUUUUUUUUUUUAAUUAAGUUUAGUUUUAUAAUGUUUUGCAUUAUUUUUUUUUUUCUGUAAAUUUGGCCAGUGUGAUGUUAUUGUGUUGUAUAUUAAACAU